UUGUUUUUCUUUCUAGAAAUCAAGAUGGCACAUGAGAUACAUUUAAAGAACAACAAAUACCGGCAGUGGGUUAAGGCUGGCCUAGGCUUGGGUUAUCUUAAAGAGGGACUUGCGCCAUUUUGUGAUGACAUAGGAAGACAGCAGCACAACGAUAUUAUAAACAAAAUACAACAAACAAAGACUCCUCAACCAAACAUACCAUGUGGCGCCUGUCAGAUAACAACUCUCCAGCCAGACCAUGUCCGAGUCUCAAAAGGGAUAUGUCCCCUCAAACAAGAUAAAUGUAACUGUUGUUUUCCAAGUAAUAAGAGACCCUGUCCAAACAACGUAUGUGGUGCCAUCUAUGACAGCAUUAUACAGGAUCAUGCAUCAAUGCCACCGGCACCUUUUUGGAAAAACAGUGAUGUCCAACAGUGGUCGACAGAACCUUGGGAGGUUUGCAAAUGUUUUAUAAAUGCUCCUGGGUACAAGGACAAGACAUCAACAGACGACACUGAUUGCACUGGGUUGCUUCAUGUUAUCAUAAAUAACAAGUACUUUCAUAGUCAUAUUGGAUGCAAUGUUACAGGACCAAACAAUCUUUUUUUAAAGGUACGUCAGUAUAGAAACAUGAUUUUCCACUCAAGCAGCAUGGAAUUAGAGGAAAGUGAGGCUAAUAUUUACUUAGAUGACAUGAUUGCAGUUCUACAAGAUAAUAAGGAACUUGUACAUCAACCAGCUGCACAACAAGCUGUACUGAAACUCCAAGAUCUAAAGCAAAAAGACUUUGUUAUCACUACUGAAUGCUCUGAAGAAAUUUUGAAACAAAUCAAAGAUGAAAUGACAAAAAUGCGGGAAUUUACUGAAAAUGCUGCAACUAAAGUGGAAUAUGAGGAGCUGAAAAAUAAAUUUAUUGAACUUGAAAGACAGUUGGCACAAGAAAGAGAGGAACAGACAAGAAAGUAUACUGAACUUGAGGCAGUUAUAACAGAGCAAAAACAGGAGAUGAAAAAACUCAAGGUAGAAGAUUCUCCUCAACAAAAACAAUUACAAUAUGAAAAGGCGAAAUCAGGUUGUCGUACUCAAUUGAUAGAACAUUAUCGCAGUGACAUACUUAAAGUAUCAGCAAUACCUUUACAACCAGAUGAGGAAAAUUAUUACUUCAGUGACAUUUAUAUAAGACCCACUAUAACAAACAAGAUAGAAAAGAACAGAGGGAGUCUGAGGAAAAAGAAAUAGAGUCCAUGUCAGAGAUUUUCACAAAGAGUGG